AGGACGGAGUCGUGCUGGGCAACACGAUCUCAGAACCUCUACUACAUUCAUGGCUUUUGUCGAUCCACUCCGCUCCUAGCCGUUUCCAACUAGAACUACUUGUUGUGCCGUAGAUACUUCCCCAUUUUUGACGACAUUCAGCGAGUAUUUAGUAGUUCUUUCUUCAUUUUUACACGCAAUUCACUUUCAAUUUCUCGUGGCCGCCAUCUUAUAUAUCAAAAUGUUGUUGUUUCCCUUACAGAGGCAGAGGGGUCGUGUUUGUUCUUCCUUGGCAUUUUUUCUCGUCGCGGCCACCACGACAUCCGCCCUGCGUCUCCUGGAGGUAAAGAAAGAAGACGAGGCGACAUUUUCAUCGCAGGAGCAGAGGCACCGUAAGAGUAGAACAAUAUCAAGAACUACUACGUCGAAUAUUAACAAGGAGACAGUGGUUCGUAGAAUAGAUACCGGCAGAAAUAGUGCACCUCGGCCGGAAAGAACAGGAACAGGAACAGCCUUGCUAGAAGCAGGAGAACUCCAUAAAGCACCAGCGAGUCGUGGUCGUCGGCAACAGCAACAAACUACAUUGCUUCGUCGGACAACGACAAGGGUAGAAGUUGAGCUGCAAAAAACAAAACUGGCUCUGGCGCCAGGAGUUGUUAAAAAAACGUCGGAGGACGAAAAUGACAUUGAAAACUCGUGUGCCGAUAGUACCAGCUGCGCAGGGGGAGGAGUUGUUUUAGGGACUUCUACACCAGAGGAGACCGAAAGAACCGCCCCUGGCGCCACAUCAGAAAGCAAACCCGCCCUUGGCCAACAUGAUCAUCGUGGAGACGAUUUUUUGAUGGCGGGACGAGAGAGCAACAGCAACGUUGUGGAGAACGAAGUAAAAACAUUAAAGGACGACGAAAUAGGUGGAAUAGGCGGGGCAGGUAGUGGUGGUCCAUCUUGUUGCGCCGGAGAAGAAGAGCAUCAAAGUGAGAUGACCACCCCAGAAGAAGUAGAACAUCAAACGUCGACCACAGGCGGGCAGAAGAUCCACGCCGCAGAUCUGAGCUUCCCGCAAGCCCCGGCCGCAGUGCCCCCCGGCGGGGGCACCUACAGUAGCGGAUCAUCUGCGUAUCCUGUCCCGGGCCAACCCGCGUCGGAGGCCGUGCGGGAGUGGCAGAAACAGCACCCCACCUGCGUGCCCAUCUCCCAGGACGUGGUGCCCGCGGAGGCGAUACGAACUGUAAAACAAGUAUCGUACUCGCAUAAAUGCAUUACAAUUUUCCUCAGCAUGAAAAAUAAAACUUGUGAUCCGGAUUUCCCUUAAGAAAAAAAUUUAUAAUGCAUGACUGCAAUACGAGUGCGAUACUUUUGCACAGGAUAGGCGAUUAACCUGCUACUCGUCCCCGCGGGAUUUUUUGGUCAGGAUCUGGUCGACGAGUGGCCGAAACAGGCGCGCCGAAUGAACGACGCGCUGGUGAGCCAGUACGGCGCCGUUUUCGACGCGAAAAAUAACGCAGGCCUGAACGUCUUCUACGUCACUGUUAUGAAUUGCAAAAGUUUAAGUUGCAUCUAUCAGAUGGUUUCUUGUAGUAGGAAAAGGAAAUUAAUUUUAAUUGCAUCAAAAAUUAGUGAUAGUGGCUCAGCAUGCCGUACUAGCUUGUGAUGUUGAAGGAAAUUUGCCAUGCAUGAUUGCGAUUAGUACUACGUAUUAGAUAGAAUCGAUAGAUUACUUUUGCACUCCAUAACUGCGUAUCAAAUGUAAAAAUGUCUGGGUCUGGAAGAUUGCAACUUGUCAUGCUAAAUCUGAAGCAUGCAAAAAUCUGUGUUGCAUGAUUACCAAAAGUCGUCCAGUUUUGACCAAGUCGCAGGGGAGUUUCUCAUGCAGGAUAGGCAUGAGAGAGGUCGCACAGAAUCUGUCAUGCUAGGUCCUGCAUUCCAGACCUCGUGGGUCAUGGAAAAGCUGCAUGACAAAUCGCGCAUUCUUCCAGACCCAGACAUUUUUGCAUUUGAUACUGCGGCUGCCUUGGAAAUCGACUCGUCCGACAAGCCCGCCUGCUCCAACGGGUGCAACGGCUUGGACCGCCUUGUGUGCUUAUCCUGGGUAAAAACGUCCACGCCCCAGGGUCAAGUUCGUAAAUCUGCAACACAAAUCUGCAAGGUUUGGGAGUUGUGCAUGACAAGUGUCCGUCUGUAUUGUCGUGGUGUUUAGUAAGGGCAGCCGCAUCACAAAGACGCAUAGUCAUCCUGUUUGCAGCAUUACAAAUCUCAUAGCACCACGACUAUAAAAUCUUGUCAUGCGGAUGCGCAUGACAGAUGUUUCUGUGGAUAUAAAUCUGCAUGACAACUACCGGGUGGGGACGUUUUUACGUAGGAUUGUGCUGCGGCACGGGGAACACCGGCAACACGAUGAACGACCUCAUCCCGGCCUUCAAGCACUUCGCCUUCGAGCACUGUGGCUACGGCUACUACUCCACCCUACUCAUUAUUGUCAACACGUACCGGUACGGCGGAGCGGGCAGCCAGGGCGGCGCGACAGUGACGCUGAACGAAUUGGGGCACUACGUGGCGGGCCACGAAAUUGGUCACAGUUUGUUCAUAUGCACAGUGCAGAAAUUGUAUCGCAUCAGUAGAAAUAAAAAUCGCAGUUACGAACAAAUUAGCUCAGCGGCAUUAGAAAUUUGUAUUGCUGGUUUAGCUUAAGAUUUCGAUUUGUGACGCAUAACUGCAAUUGAUUCUACGAGUAUGCGAUGCGUUUGCAUUGCAUAGCUCAACCUCGGGGACGAGUAUUUUUACGAGUCCGACGUUGCCGCCCGUGGGGGUUUGUACGUGCGGGACGACUCGAAAAACCCAAAUUGCAUGACGUACACCACCUGUGAGGCCACCAGGAAGGAGCUUGUGGCCGCUCUGGAAGUAGACGGAGUGACGGCUGAGGAAAUCGGAACCUGCGAGCCGGCGUGCGCGAACCAGGCGUUUUAUGUCUUACCGAAAUCGUUCAUGGAAACGAACACCUACGCCGUGGGCGUUUCUAACGAGCGGAUCAUGUGCUGCAUAUCAUAUGUAAAAACGUCCCCACCCCAUAGUCAAGUUGGGAACCUAGCAAGACAAAUCCACAAGUUUUGGGAGCCACGCAUGAGAAGUUGCAGUCCGUAGUGUAGUGCAUGUUAGCAAGGACAACCGCAUGACAAAUCCAUCAGCUUAUCCUGUUUACAGCAUUACAAAUUCCAAAACGCGACUGGAAAUGUUUCUCAUGGAGAUGCGCAUUACAAAUCUUUGUCUUUCUGUAAUUCUUGCAAAUUUGCAUGACAAGUACGGGGUGGGGACGUUUUUACUCAGGAUACUGCAAGUGGGUUCUUCUGCAGGGCCGGACCACGACCGAUGCCCUUCCCUCCUUUUGCCGCCGGUUCAACCAAAAUGGGCUGGAGAUGGCAAGUUACUGCACCGGGCUCAAGGAGAAGUACGGGGAGCUUGGGUUUGUCAAACACGGAUACGCACUGUAAAAGCAUCGUACUCGUACUGAUCGCAUCUAUGCCUUGCAAAUUUUUCUGCCAAGUCACAUCCGCAUUACAGAUUUCGUUUCUCACGCUGAGAAAUUUGUCAUGCGAUUACUAAAAAAAAAAACCUCGUGACGUUUCGUUCAAAGUUUUACAAGUCUAAGUUUGAAUACGUGUAGUUCGUGUUUCCGUACGGCAGUAGCCCAUGUUAAAGUAACUCGUACGUUGAUAAUCUCGGUAGAUCGUAAAUAUCGGUGCGUUCGUAAAAGUCCUACGUCAAAAUUGUAAGUCGUGAAAAAAUGAAAAAAGAAACAAUAAGCCGAAAUCGGUACGUCUUCGUGUGUGAACGAUAGCUGUGGCUCUCGAAAAGUUUUCUUCGUAUCGUCUUAGGUUGAUUUUAUAUAGCUUACACCUCCGCCAGGUGGAGACUCUAUGCCUACCUUUUGUAGGGAUAGGGUCUGUUUUUCUUUAUCGCGUCUCGGGCGUAUUUUUUCUGAGGACUGCGAUGGGGGGAUCCGCGGGUAUUGGUGAGCUAGCACCCUCGGGCUUUACCCUGCGUGACCAGGGCCCCCCCAUGUGAGCACCUGCUAUCUACCUUCAGGCCUUUCCAUGUGUCCUUGGUCGGACAUACCUGUAUGGUGGUAGUACGGACCCCGUGUGGCUGUAGCGUCUUCCUCCGCCCUGCUUAGGCUGCCGCGCCUCGUACUUUCGUAAAACGCUUUAAUACUUGUGAACCGGUUUAGUUUGUAUGCCUUCGUCCGCUCUACGUUGAACGUCGUUCGUUGACCUUCCCCGUUAUUCCCCGUAAGCCUCCCCUUGUAGUCCCUUACAGCUAUGCUUACCUCUCUUUCAGUAAGUUUUUGGUUCUGCGCAAGCCUCCUAGUGCUUUAUUCCUUAUAUGUCUUUCUUUCACGAAAUUCGGGAUCUCGUUUUUCGACGGCGGUCAGGCCUUCACAGAAGCCAACAGGGGACUCGCGGUCGACGCACCGGCGCACCUGGUGGUCAAAUCCGUCGUUUGGGGCGGACUCUUGCACAAUUACAACGAGGCGCAAACGGACGCCAACAAGAAGGUGAUCGUGGGGGAUCGCAUCGUUGCUGUCAACGGCGUCAAGGACGACGUGGAAGCUAUGAAAGAGGAGCUCCGCACGGGGGACGACAUCAUGGUGCAGGUGCAGAAAUUUUCGCGCUACUUCAGCUUCUACACGAAGAAGGUGUCCGGCGACAUCGGGCUGGGGCUGCAGAUGCAGGAGCACUCGGGGCUGCGUUCGGAAUUGAAAAUCGGCAAGGUCUACGGCGUCACGCAGGUGAUCAACAAACGUAUCAAAUGUAAAAAUGUCUGGGCCUGGAAACUUGUAAUGCUGCGUUGGCCCUCCUAGGUUUUUCUAGCCGUUGCUGGCUACGUCCCUACACUUUCCAAUUGAGGUCUGAGUAGGGACGAUUUUCUCUUUUUUCGCGCUGCCAAGCGGCGUGGCACGGCGAUAGAACAAGUUUUCACGCAGUGGUGAGCAUGCACCCACGGUGCGCUGCGUGUGGACCGAAACUUGUUUUAUGUGAGCACCCACGAAGACCUCCAGGCCUUUUAUUUACCGCAGGUCCGGUAAGCCUGUUCUCGGUCCUCGCGGGACCCCGUGUGGCUGUAGUCGUCCCGUUGCCGCUGGCUUUCUUAGUUAGUCGUAUCGUUCGCGCCGUACCGUGAUUUCGUAACAACGUCUCGUUCUAAGCUCUUCCUUACGUUUCCUUUAUUUUUGUUGGCGCGCCCUGCUUUUCUGCAUGCGCCAUCAGAAGUGCAUUGAAUCGCGGCGGGAUAAUUACGAAUUUUUUAUUGGUUUUAAGUAAGGCCUGAUGCCGGUAGGGACGAACAGCCCGUAGACUUCCGAUGUAAUGCUGCGUUGGGAAUAGUGAAUGCUCUGUAAUUCACAGCCAAGCAUGAGAAAUAGCUGCGCUUCUUUGUGUUGCGUUUUCCGCAGAAGAAACUGCGUUUUUGCAUGACAGGCAAAAGGGUCUCUUCUUGGACACGCAUCGCAAGCUUUUUGGUCAUGCCAGACAAGCAUGACAAGUCUCGCAAGCUUCCAGACCCAGACAUUUUUGCAUUUGAUAAAACGCCUCGUCCAGCAAAUGGGGAGGUAUGAUUUGGUUUUGGAGCCCUACAUGCGCCUUAUCGGCGUCAACGGACGGGUUGACUGUGACGCAACGGAACUGCGGCAGGAAAUCGCGGACGCAAAGGAGGGAAGCUGGCUCAAGUUGCAAGUCAGGAGGGCAGCGGUAUAGAUUUUUAAGGGGAUUUGUUGGAGGUCGUUUUUAGAUUUGGAGUCGUGUAGUGAGUCUCAUGCAAAAAGAAAAUCGCAGGCUUUGUAGCUUGACACGACUACUACCGGCGUUCUUGUUGAAAUAUGCCACAGCCUGGUAUAAAUAGAGGAUUUCCAUGUCGCGCGGUGCAACGUUGUNUCCUCUUCUUUCUUCUUCCGCCUUUUUCCGCUGGGGUUCGUCUUUGCAUGACAUCGAGGGACUAAGGGCGUAAUAGCUUAACUUUAUUGAUUUACGUAACCGGGGGCGGUGUGUCGUCUGCGGCGGAUGAUGACAGUGUACGCAUUCAAUGAACUUCAUGGCUUUUGGGGCCGCUUCCCCUUAGGUCUAGUAUCACCUGACCCAAGGCACUGAUCCGCUAAACGCACACUGUAUGCCUCGCCCGCUCGGGGAUAGCGUAGCUCUAGACAGUGUCCCGGCUGCGGGGUGCUCGGCGAUUCGCGCCGUACAUAGUUUUGCGGUGCGUAAGUCUUUCACUUUGCAUCGACUCUUGGUGGCUGCUUCCCACCGGCGGAGAGUAUAAAGAUGGAAAACAUGAGCUGUUGCUCAUUGGAGCAUAAUGCGCAGCGCCUGCACGCACCAUCAGAAGUGCGUUGGUGCGACUUGCUUUUCUCUCGUGCACCAUCAGAAGUGCACUGAAUCGCGAGGGUAUGAUGAUGAUGAUGAUUCUUUUUAUUGGUUUUAGUAGGGCCUGAUGCCAACGGGGACGGACUGCCCUUAGAACUCCGAUGUCAUGUAGAGCUCGCUAUUGCUGUGGUGGCAGUAACUAAGCGACUCUAACCAUUUUCAUCCCAAACUUCCAGGAGUCGUUGUGUGACCUUCGUAGUCGUAACGUAGCACUUCGUCCAAAGCUGAAACAUAAAAUGGGCAAUUUGUCAAUCUCGGUUCCGUGUCCGUGGGUUGUUUCUGCGUAGUUGGAUUCGUCAAAGUUUGAAACUAACCGUGUAAAUUAACCGUGUAAAUUAUUUACGAAUAAUCGCCUAGUUGGACCAAGCGAACAAAGUACGACAUUAUUAAAAGGGGUUUAUUGCAUUCCCGGGUCGUCAGGGGAUAUUCGACGCAACGUUUCGUCCUGCUGCUUUUACGUCUACACCGCGCGGCAAGCCGUUUCCAGUAGUGGAAUUUUAUCAACCACCAUCGUUUUUUCGAAGAUGAUAUCCGCUACUACGAAUAUGAUCCGACAGGAGACACAUCAUACGACUAUACAAAUUCGCGGAACGCCAUCCCCAUCGCCUGUGGUACCUCGACGACAGACCACCCCAGAUACUGGACUAGCUGACCAACCGCAUCGACCAGUGGCGACAUUUUCCAGGGCUUCUUCCGGGCACGACGGCACUAAGCUUCAAGGAUUACGAGCAUCACUUGCUGACAACGGCCUUCGUACGUCGUACACCCCCUUGCACGCGGACGGCAGCCCCAGAAGAAAAAACAAAACCCACCUCGGCCAGCACUUCUCUCUAUCUACACCUAAUCAGCCGCCAGCAGAACCUUCCAAACCUCCAUUACAUCAACAGCCGUUCCGAUUUCUUUCAACAGUUUCCCAGGAGGACCGUUGUAGUUGGAGUACCGGCAAAGAUUACUGGACUAGCAGUUGGGGAGCCCUCCGCUGGCACUACGAUUUUUUCAGUAAUCAGUGGAGGUACGAAGAUUCGGUGGACCGAGCUAACCAGGAGAUCCACUUCUGGGAGGAUGCGGGCUUCGUAUUGGAAGACGGCCAAAUUUAUCCUAAAAUGUCUUGACUCUAGCUGGUUUACAGCUCAAUCGAAAGUGUAGUUCCGAUUACACUUUAUAGUGUGGCUUCUAGUGACAAAAUGACUGCAUCCGAAAACCCGCCCUUGCUGUACAAUCAGAACUUAAAUUCUACGAUUUCUCUGUUGUGCGACACCUGUCGGACUCCCGCCCAGCAACCUCAAGCGCAAUCUUCGUCGUCGGUGCUGCAACUGGUACGCAAACCAUCUCGACCUGUAGCUCCUAACCCUCCCCUUGAAAACUUCCUCCAUGCCGUCAACAACUCGCUCGUUGCCGUGGCCGAAUUCUGCGAUGUCCAACAGAUUUACACAAACGAUAUUUUCGCGAUAAAGUCGGACUUCAAACAUGAGGAGCUGCCGGUGGCCUGGAUGGCCGAUUAUUCGAUCCCAUUGCAAAUGAAGUUUGCGUCUUUUAAGGCCCACGUCCUCGACCUCAACAACUGGAAAGCGGAUAGACUCAAGCCCGAGCUCUUCCAGCUAGACAGAUCGCGCAUGAUCAGUUGUUGUAGGGCGGCCAAGGGCAACCCGUGCAGCCUCUGUUCUUCCGCCUCGCCUGACCGCUUUUUACAAGUGAACGGCAAACUGCUAGAAGUACGGGCUCGCGAACAGCGUUCAUGUUACGAGGCGGGCGACACCAGCCUCAUAUACUUGCGCCGGUGCAGCUGUGGACUGGCUUACGUGGGUAAAGCCCACACGGGUGCGGGUGCUGGUACACGCUUCCAUGGGCACGCAAACUGUGCGGAGCGGUUGGGGCACGAGGAUGAGACGCACCCGAUGUACCUGCACCAGCAGCAGUACUUGAACCAUGCGGUGACGACAGAUGUUCUUUUUUACAUGAACAAAGUGGAGGCCAACAGAACAGCUACGCUUCCCGACGGCUCCACGCUAUCACAAAUUGAUGCGUGGGAGUCGUUUUGGAUUGUGUCACUCCGCACGUACUACCCGUGGGGUUUCAAUUUGGAGUUCAAGGACGUGACGCAUCCUGCUGCCCCGCGUCGGCGUCCACAUCCUGAAGACGGCUCCAGCAUGUAUCGUCUUCUAGCGGAACAAGGUGGAGUUUUGAAAUUGCAGAGGCUACAAAGAAACCUGAACACAGGCGGGCAACUACAACUUCCUUCCCUCUGACCAGUCUGAGGCGAAUUGCUCCGCGUGUCCGCCUGAAGAUGAUGGCCCGGUGACACCCGGCAAGACACAUGUUUCUCAGCUGGGGGUGCAGUGUACACAAGAAGUGGAAGACUCCACUAACAAGGAGCUUUUCGCACCGCGGGUUGGUGUCCAAUGCACGCAGGACGUAGAGGACAUGGCUCCACCACCGGCCGUCCCCCCGCCAAAGCUCAUCUCCUCCGUUGAGUUUUUUGUUGCGAAGCGGAAAUCUCGACGACUGGUGUCCGAUGAACCCUGCCUCAAACGGCGGAGUGUAGCAGGUCCUAGCCGAGUAAAUCAACUACGCAACUGCCGCCAGUCGGAUGCCCCCCGUCUCAUCGAACUUCCGGAUGCGGCCAAAACACCACUACUACCACCGGACCCGGUCGUUACUCCAUCUCGCAGAAGUAGUAUGGUACAAGAGCUGUUUCGUCGGAAGUUUAGCACGGUGCGUAAUAGCGAGGAUAAGAGGGUGGCAAAACAAAUGAUCUUCACUCCUGUCGAAACCUCCAGCAACAAUCGGCUCAGCCUGGACCUGCAUGCUCCGAUUCAACCAGACAAGUCUACUCUGCACCCCGACACUGCGUAUACCACCAAACUCCCGAAAAACAAUGCGGAGGUCAAACGGAUUCUGCUCGCGAUAGUUUGGCUGUUCUUUGCGUUAGACCCGCCACAGGAUUUUGCAGCUUCUGGCAGAUGGCUUCCAGUACCGUCCUGGCACAUCGGGGCAGCAAAAUUCAACUGCGUUUCCUGGUUGUUAAAAAUCAUCGCUGGCUGCAGUAAACAACUACUUCGCGCGCUCCGCAUUCACCUCACUACCGCUUUCGUCCUUCCACCGCAACAACUGUUUCUCCUGCAAGAACUGGUCGAAAGUAGGUUGCGCAUGACAAAGUUGGCCGGCGACAAGCAGUCUCGGGAUGGGAAGAAGGCAGUCAUAUUCUUCUACCACCAUAAAACUGUGGACAAACUCAACCUACGCUCCACCUUCCGCCACUUGCUAAACGAUAGGUUUUUGGCCUUUACAUACGGCCCGCCCGUAUGCCUCACGACCUUCAACCUACGGGUCAAAUCUUUACCAAAGGCCUGCAGCGAUCUCAAGUGCGCGUGUGCUGACUAUCGCCGCUACCUCCCCGACGGGUGCACAUGGGGAGGACAUAUCGCUAUGCCAGCUACGGCAGACAACCUCCAAGUGUUGUGCGGUCCGGCGUUUGAUUCAGUGGUCGCUUCGAAAGUUUCGCUGCUGAUGCGACCAAAAUUUCGUGUUGAGCAGAAAUUUUCGGCUACGAAGUUGCUCGAGCGGGUCAACAUCGAAGACCAGGAACUGAUUCAGGAUGUGCGCCAUUUUUUCUGGUGUAAUGCCGUACCCGAAAACGAGGAGCAGUUCAACGAGGUGGAUUGGAACACGGCUGACGGCUCGGCGGCUCCGAUUCCUGUUCCUGAUGCGAACGGCCGGGUGUAUGACCGAUCCGCUACCAACACAUACGAAUGGGGCAAGUUUUCAACGGCUUUCGACAUUGUACGAAAUUUACAACAGCUGUUCGUCUUUGGGUACUACGACAAGGCCACAUCGACUACCUGGCUAAUGUGUAAAAGUUUGUACACAGCGCUCCUGAUGGAAGACCUGGGCAUGGCCGGACGCGGAUCUUUUCCAACAUGCACCAGCGACGACUACCAUCGAGCCGACUUUUCACCUCCUCGUCCGACGUCCACCGCCGUGCCGGCUGCUACUAACUCGUCCAGCCCCCCUGAGGCGGUGCUUCCACGAACUUCUGGAUCCCCUCCCAGGAUGAUUAGCCCGGCAGUGCGACUUCCCUCUCCUACCCGUAUUUCUCUUCCAGAUACGAGAUCGCUGAGCCCACAUCUUCCCCCCGUUCCCAGUAGCCAGCGAGCAAAACUAGUAUUUGCGAAUGCUACCCCGUCGAGGACCGCGGCCCCAACGGUUGCUGACCCACGGAGUAAUACCGGACUGAUGGUAUCCAGUGACACAAACAAACUAGCACUUGCUCAUACCGGGGCUCCACGACACCCGGACACGGUGGCAAAGAUCAUGAUCGAUGCGCCGCUUGUUGGUGGCUCUUCAGUAGUAGAUACUCCGCAGCAAAGUCUCGAGAAACGUGCGAACAGAGGUCUAUACCUGACGCGUAACAAGUUUGGACUUCCAGCAACUACAGCAGACCAGCUCGAGGUACUGGAACGGGACUUGAUUGAAGAAACAAAACUGGAGUUACACGGAGUCAAAAACUUGUUGCAGUUUGUGUUGACGAAGAGCGACAAGCUACUGCAACUCGGUAAGAUCGACUCCACGGACCAGCCGCAUGUCCUCCUCCAAGCAAAAAUAAAGCUCCACGCCGAAAUCGAUGCCGCGAUCGAACUGGCGCAGGAAAAGCUCAAAAAGGAUAGCAGUAGCUCCGCCCUCCAGAAGCAACUUGAACAGGCUGAAGCAGACCGCAAAGCCGUCCAAGCCGAACUCAAACAAAACAUUCCGAAGUCAUCGGCGCCCGUGGCUGCAGCUAUCAAUACGGUUCAUGUCCGCCCUUUUCCCUCAGCAUUGUCAGGGCGGCGGCAAUCGUUGUUGUGGAAAUUAAACGCCAAAGCAGGAUGGAGACUUGUCUCCCGUAGCCUGCUCAAAGGCGUUAAAGGCGUUGGAUGCGCCUUGGACAUGCACCGCGCGGCGCAGGUAGGUUUGGAACAGUUAGCAACUUUUGACCUCCAGGCCGGGAUCACAACAUCGGUGACCAAGCAAGCCUUGCACCCGGUGUCGCAGACGGGGACCAUCAUUGCAUUCAACCACCAAAAGAUGUACACGUCGACCUUGAUCUUGUCACGGGCACCCAUCUUACAAAUCCGUGCCGGUCUACACCAACUACAGUGGUUAUCGCCGAUCUUCGUGCUGUCGAAUGCUUCCGUUCAAGUACUUUUUCGUGAAGAAACGAAAAGAAAUCUUCUCCAAUGGACCGCUGAAGCGGUCAAUUUGGGCUCGUUCUCCAGCAAGCUCAAGGCCAGUCCGCUCCCGGUGACCCUGUUGGACCCUUGGACUAGUCGCCACGAAACUGCUGAACUUUUGCAGAUGGGAAUGCGCCCGCAGUGUCCCGCCACAGGAGCUGAUGCCAGUAGAAACGAGCUGCUGUUGGAUAUGGAUCCACUCUCGGCCUUCGAGUUAUGGCUGGACGGCGACGCCACCGUGGGCAACGACUGUUUGGCGAAACCUACCGAUUCAGAAGCACUCGCUAGUAGCGCGGCUAGUACUAGCAGGCAUCUACAGCCAGGUCCUUUUUUCAACACGGCGGUCAACCUGCUUGAAGAUUUAACCAAAUCAGUUCCACAUCAAGAUCCACCAGUCAACCUCUUGGACGUGGCGGCAGGAGUAGUAACAGACGAGAUCAACGACCCCGAUGUGAUUCCAGAAGCAGCAUUGAUCGACAGCUUCGAGGUGCUAGUGCCUAGAAGCAGUAUUCCGGCCAGCAGCGUAGUGCCGGUCAGUGCGCCGGCACAUCCGCAGACGUCGACGGUGUGGUUAGAAGGUCAGCAUGCUAUGCCACCUGGUCAUGGGACCCCGCAUGCCGGUAGCAUUUCCAGACUACGACCUCCGCCCCGAUCCCCCUCCUCAAGUGCCAGUAGCUCCUCAAGUGCCAGUAACUCUCCGGACUCUUCCACGUCUAGCUCAUCUUCGUCCUCAACGCCGUCUUUGUCGGAUUCAAUACCAAGCAGCCCGGAGAGGCCUCCGAAGCAGGAUUUUGACCGAGCGCUACUGGCCAGUCAAAUUCCCAACCUAAAUUCUCAGCAGUACUGGGUACAGCAAGGGGUAGACCAGAGAGGGGAAAAAGUUCGGCCGUUGCUACCAGUAUGGCAAGCACGGCGUAGUACUUCUUUUUUAGGUUCCGAAUUCCCGCCGGCACAGCAGUCACUCCAUGAAGUGUACAAAGCUACCUCGGCGGAGAAGAUCGAUGAGAUCGUCGAGCAGCUGGGCUCGUUCGCGCCGGCCCUGCUGGCGAAGGUAAAGCAACGCCAAGCCUCGGCGCAUCCGGCGUAUUACGCUGUGAUCAAGGGGCACAAGUAUCCGGCCUACAAAAUGAGGUUCAUCGCCGCGGCCACAGACAAAACGGUCCUUCAUGCCCCCGGCAAGGUCCUGCACUUGAUUCUGUCGGCCACUAUGGCAGAAUUCAAGAGCCGCGUGUGGCCCGGGGCGUGGAGCGUGGAGAGUUCGGAAGAGGCGCUCGCCCGGGUAACGGCGGGUGGUUUCGCAGAAUUUGACGGUUAUGAUUUUGAACGAUUGUACACCGGUCUUGCACAUUCCUUUCUUUGCCACAACCUCCACAUGCUGAAUAGCUGCGUCUUCCAGGCUGGUGGUUUCCAGUCUGUUGUCCUCGCCUAUGAUAGGAAUCGCAAAGGGCCCGAAAAAGAAUUUGCGUUCUUGUCCCGGGAAGCCCCGUCUUCUUCUUCAUCCUGGUCGCUUGCGGAUAUCGACGCACUGGUACGCUGGUGUUGCGCGAGCUGUUAUAUCGGCAUUGCCGAUUUGCUAUUUUUGCAAGUGCGGGGUAUGCCUAUGGGUAUUACCCCCGCUCCUAGGAUGGCAGAUGGAGGGCUGUCCUGGAGUGAGUACUUGUUCGUGUCUUCACCGGCUGGGCAGCAAUACAGGUUCUUGCAAAUCCUUCGCUACCUCGACGAUUUAUUGUCGCCCAUUCGGCUGCCGUUGCACCUGAUUUAUCCCAGGGCGCUAGCGUGUAAGCCGGAAACACUCGGCACCACGACUACGACCUUUUUGGACUUUUUCCUCGACGCCACAAUUCCGAGGAGAUUGCUGUACUGUUUGUACGACAAAACACGUACUUUUCCAUUUUAUUUGUCGAAGUUUUCGGCGGCGGCCAGCGCGGUGCACCCGGAAACGCACCAAUCGGCGUUUUGUAGCGCGGUCAUCCGGGCGUAUAAGCGUAACUAUUUAGUUGUUCACUUCCUACGGGAUAUUGUCGAGCUUCUAGUUAGAUUCACGCUGAGCGGCACCUUUCGCCACACGUUCCCGGCAAAAGCGUGCAAGCUCGUUGUGGCCCGCCACGAGGCCCCCAAGUGGUUCACCUCCGACAAAAUGGUCUCCACUAUGGGUGAUUGGAUGAAGCAGAUGCAGGCCGAAAUCCGGGCGAUUUUAGACCCAACUUGGGUACAGUUGCGACCGGGGAAUUAAAACACAACUUCCCCCGGGUGGUGACGCCUGUUUCUCCUCGGACGAGACUGGGCAGGUAGGGCGGUAAGUCGUACAAGACGACCGGACAAGCGCUGCAGCUGAAAGUUGUGAGGGGGGUUAAAAGAAAAGUUUAAAAAGACUCGAAACUAACUUGCAAGUCCAGUUGGUUUUUAACAAGUUUUUAACAGUAAAGUCGGAGUUCGCUAAAGUUCUUGAUUAGUUCUUGAUUGGUUCACAGUUUCAAGUCUUGUCAAACUUCCACAGUUGAUUUGUAGCCCUCCUUGCUGGUACCCCGCAAGACGAAACUCGUUAGAAAUAGUAAAGAAAAUGACAUGUAAAAAGCACUUUCUUUGGUUGAAGCUAGUACACGGAAAAAGGAUUUGGGAGUAGGUGCACCACCACAGAAGGUUUGGUGGGUUCAAAAAAAUCAAAAAAGACCAGAAAGACACCACGAGAAGCUCCUUGUAAUCCGUCCGUUACAUCGUUUUCAUGAAUCUCUUUGUUGGCUCUAAGCUAAGCGAAAGCAAGCAAGUCACGACGUCCUUCUUCCUUAAGACCAGCAGUCAAUGUAAGCUCUAUCUUCGUUCUUUCUGUUACUUUUUUUUGUUCUUGGAAUACUAGUCUCUUCGUCACAUACAUCCUUUUUUAAUUCUAGCAUGCAAUACAUUUAGAGAUUAAACAAAACUAAACUAAUAUACUGAAAUAAAGUCACACUUAAAGCUCCUUCACUGCUUGUUUUGCUAAAUUAACUCUACAUGCAAACAUAUAAUUGGUUUCCUUUUGUACAACUUUUUUGGUACUUGUACACAUUUUUUCAUGUCGCAUUCAAAUAAUCUACACCGGUACGACUAGCCCAACUGUAGCGACAAAGCGAUUCGUUGCAGGAGGGUCUUGUUCGUUUUUCGUUGCUGCGCAGUACUCUCGAUAUAAUAACGGUAUGACGGUCGCUUACUUUAUAGCUUCGUGCACGUCUCGGGGUCUAAUCGCUCGGUGGGUCGUAAAAAUGUAAGAUAAAGAGAGUAUUAGCAGAGUGUCGACUCGCAGUUUCCUGCUACUUCUCUCCGAUUGGUUCGAUAUUUUUGACUUGUGAGCAUGCUCAUCCCUUUCUACCUUAACAACGUACACAUAAACAGUAAUAGAAGUGUCCAAGUAAAAAGUUUUUUCAUAGCCUCCAAAGAGUACUGGGGCCCUAGAUUAUGUCUUACCCUCAUGAAGAAAGCGUUAUUUUAGGCAUUAGAAACUUGGACUGGUCAGUAGCAGAAGAAAGAUACUUCCUACGGUCAAACCUACCGGGUAGUAAUUUUUAUACGGUGCCAUCUCCAUCCCGGGCGUCUGGAGUGUCGGACGAGUACGUCCCGUGGCAAUCACCGCGUCCUCAUCGGUUCUGCAGACCUGCGCCGCUUCUAGCGGAACUUGGCCCCGACCCAGCUCUUCUACGCACGCUUCGGGAUCCUGAACAGCUUCCCGGGAGGAUUUCGUUCGGCACAGCACAGGUCUUCGAUAUCCCGCUUCCGUUCCACUCCCACGAGACCAAACACGGUUGGUUCUCGGAGCAGCGAUUUUACGGAAACCACUUGUUUGCCACUCCUCCAGCGGUUAAAAAACGCAAAGAAGAAUUACGGAGGGAGCGAGCCUGGUUUCGUGCUUUCAACAGGGGACUUGCGCCGGAUUCUAUUCAGCUGACGUGCAGUGGCACUAGUAGAGGCAGCAGCGGUUCUAACCUAAAAGCAGACUCUGGAGCGGAGUAUUCUACCACGCAGAUCUCCCCCUCCGCAGCGGUUCCCGCUUACAACCCGUUCCUGCCUACGACUCCUGACAAAUUAAUCGAUCGAGCGGAGUGGUCAAUAGUCCGAAUUGAACGGGAACUACUCGCCUCUCCAGCCCCACUAUUAGCUUCAUACAAACGCUAGGACGGGUCUGCGAGCUAAAAUGUUGGCGCACAACAACGGGUCAAUCUUCGCUUUUGAUUUGCAGGAGUGCCGGAGAAUGCUGGAGCAAAACAGUAACCAGGUAUUGGUCACCCCGGUGCCAAUGUCCGAUCCCCCGGCUAGCCUGCCGCAUUCGGGUUUUCAGUCGAUGCAAGAUUCUCCACCGGCAAGCGUCAGAUCGUUCGGGGAAAACAUUUGUGUGCGAUUAAAUAUGGACGCAGACUUCCCGGUCCCGGUCUACAAUUACCACGUCCCUAUGAUCCCCAGCAACCCGUUCGUAUGGGACGACAAUGCGCAGAACAUCCUGAACCAACACAUCGAAAAUCAGGAUGCAGAGCAGCAGCUGCGGCAGUUCCCGGACCAGAACAUCGAGCUCCUCGACUUCCCGCCUUCUCCGCCCUUCGGUCAUAGCCCGUGUAGGUAUUUUGCAUACUUGCAACAAUACCAGGCCGAUGCGGUCUUGCAGCAGGCGGAGCCGGAACCUGAACCGCUCAGCCCGUUUUUGAUGUCCCCGGGGCAACAGUUAGUCCUGAGCCCCUCGAUCUUCCAAAUCGAACAAAUGGAGCUUGACAUGCAUGGGUCCCUCCCCUACAUCCGACACUUCCCGGAUCCUAGCCCGCGACAGCUGAGCACCUUCGAGACGGAUAAUGACGACAGAUCGAGGCUGCACGAGGUAGGUUCUCCGCUGCGGGCUACCUUGCAAGUUAACAUCUCAAGGGACUACCAGCAAUUCUUGGAGUUCAACGACAAUCUGGAUGCGAACAACAUCCUGCGGCACAACCGAAUGCAAGUAGCUGCAGACCAUGCAGACCGGGCCACGAGAGGGGCGGUGCAGGACGAGGCAGCGGAGUUCAGGCGCAACAGGUUUUCGCCGUCGCCAACACCCUCCGAACUGUCCCUCAUGGCAGCAGGAAAGCUGUAAUGCCGAGCAUCACGAACGUGCCCUAGCCAAAACGACGCAGCUACGGUGACUUUCCUCUAUCAGAACCAUCGCUACAACAACUUCCGACCCGACCGAAGAAACGAUUAACAACUUCGAAGAACAAAACAGCCUUUGCAGUACAAACAGAAGUACGACAACAAUGAAUAUUUAGCACGAGCAAUUUUACAACACCUUCGCCCAAGUUGACCUAACGGCAGGAUCCCAGCACCAACGACCCUGCGCCGACGAUUCAACGGACCGACCACAUACGACUUCCAUUUUUUUGUUUUUUCCUUUUCCAUUCAAAAUAAUUUCUUCUAAAUAAAUUUCUGCAAAAUGAACGUGUCAUUCUUUUCGUUGGCCUCAACAUGGGUCUUUCUUCUUGACAAAUGCUCCGGUUAAUGAAUCUCGCAUGUGUAUAUUAAGGUCUUGGAAAAUUAUGUUAGAAAGGAAAAAAGGAAAAAACAAACAAAUGUAUUAGUAGAGUAUUUUGUUCGCGCCACGAUGUAUAUGGUCCUUCGAUGCAUGAGAGGUAACAUGCAUUGAACUAACACAAAACACAUCCAGGAACCUCGUGACGUUUCGUUCAAAGUUUUACAAGUCUAAGUUUGAAUACGUGUAGUUCGUGUUUCCGUACGGCAGUAGCCCAUGUUAAAGUAACUCGUACGUUGAUAAUCUCGGUAGAUCGUAAAUAUCGGUGCGUUCGUAUAAAAGUCCUACGUCAAAAUUGUAAGUCGUGAAAAAAUGAAAAAAGAAACAAUAAGCCGAAAUCGGUACGUCUUCGUGUGUGAACGAUAGCUGUGGCUCUCGAAAAGUUUUCUUCGUAUCGUCUUAGGUUGAUUUUAUAUAGCUUACACCUCCGCCAGGUGGAGACUCUAUGCCUACCUUUUGUAGGGAUAGGGUCUGUUUUUCUUUAUCGCGUCUCGGGCGUAUUUUUUCUGAGGACUGCGAUGGGGGGAUCCGCGGGUAUUGGUGAGCUAGCACCCUCGGGCUUUACCCUGCGUGACCAGGGCCCCCCCAUGUGAGCACCUGCUAUCUACCUUCAGGCCUUUCCAUGUGUCCUUGGUCGGACAUACCUGUAUGGUGGUAGUACGGACCCCGUGUGGCUGUAGCGUCUUCCUCCGCCCUGCUUAGGCUGCCGCGCCUCGUACUUUCGUAAAACGCUUUAAUACUUGUGAACCGGUUUAGUUUGUAUGCCUUCGUCCGCUCUACGUUGAACGUCGUUCGUUGACCUUCCCCGUUAUUCCCCGUAAGCCUCCCCUUGUAGUCCCUUACAGCUAUGCUUACCUCUCUUUCAGUAAGUUUUUGGUUCUGCGCAAGCCUCCUAGUGCUUUAUUCCUUAUAUGUCUUUCUUUUUAUUGGUUUUAGUAGGGCCUGAUGCCAACGGGGACGGACUGCCCUUAGAACUCCGAUGUCAUGCGAUUACUAUAUAUUAUAUUCAUGCGAAAAAAGAGGUAGACAGAGGGUAAGCAAGAGGUGGCCGAGAGGUCAAAAAGAGGUCAAAAGAGGUAAAAAAGAGGUCGACAGAGGUGGAGAGGUGGCGCGGGACCCCUUUCGAGAGGGUCGGCGAGAGGGCGCGCGAGUAUAGCCCGCCGAAGGCCCCACCUUAAGGCGGCGCCUAAGUGCCUCAGAGGGUGCAGAGAGGUCAAAAAGAGGGGGCGCGAGAGGUCGACAGAGGUCGAGAGAGGUGGCGCGAAUAAGGGGCGACCUCUCGCGGACCCUCUUGGCCACCUCUCGGCCACCUCUGUCGACCUCUACCCGCGAGUAUAGCCGGACUAUUAGCGGGGACCCCCAAAAGAGGUAAAAAAGAGGGUCUGCGAGAGGUCUGCGAGAGGGUAAAAACACAAAGUGGCGGGCGCGAAUCCGCAUGGCACUACCCAUAUUUGGCACUGCAGGCCAUUCGCGGACUUGUUUUGUUCGGCGCCUGUCCCCGCCACCCUCUCGCGCACCCUCUCGCGCCACCCUCUCGCGCACCCUCUCGCGCACCCUUUCGCGCCACCCUCUCGCGCCACCCUCUCGCGCACCCUCUCGCGCCACCCUCUCGCGCUACCCUCUCCCGCCGAGCGCCUUCUGUUCGCCCCCGGUGUUCUUUGCAGCUGCUCCCUGCGCAGAGCGCCCGCAGGCGCGGGAAGCGCGCAAGUGGUCCUGCGGGUUGGCCUUGGCGCAAACCGGCGGCACGAAUGCAGUAUGUUUCGUUGUACAUAGGCCCGUUGGGUUGUGGGCCGAUCGGCAAACAGUCUUGCCCCGGCCCAACAGCCUUGCGCUCCGGCGGCAGCCGGAGCAUGGCUGGUUCAUACUAGUGCGAUACUUUUGCAGUGCAUAACGGCGUGAACACGGACAUUCGGCAACCGUCGGUGCAAGUGUUGCAAGCGAGCCAACAAGUUGUGGCUCAGGAUCAACAUAUGGACGAGGAGGAAGAGCAAGAGGACUCCGGCUCCGCGUCCGCGCAGGAGGUGGAGGUGCCACUGCCACCAUCUCCAUCGUUGGAAAAUCAAAAUGAACAUGUCGUCGAGGAGAUGAACGGCUCGCACGAGGAUGUGGAUCAUGCGAGCAGUAAUAUUCCAUCGCUGCUCGAAAUAAUGAACACACGACGAGCAGAAAAGCAGCAGGAGCGUGCACGUGGUCGUCGUCGUCGAGCUAGGACGACGACCACGGCGGGAAAAGAACGACACGAGCGAAUACAACUUCUAGAGAAGAUGAACAAGAGGAAAAGUAGAUUCCGCCACAGAAUCAGAAAUGAAAGCAAGAGAACCUCCUCCACGACCACCAGGGCAAGAAGGGCAAAGCGGAGUCACACGACCCCCGCGGAGUGCCUGGGCACGCUGUCCACGGAGGAACGGAACCUGCAGGACAGGGAUAACGACUUAGGCGCGUCUCUGCCGGAAACCUACGAGCUGGUGUUUAACCCGGUCGCGUGGCAAGUUACCGUGGUCGGAGAAGGGGAAAAUAAAGAUGAACCACGACGAACAACGGGGAAUAAAACGACGAAGACCUCCGCAACUGAGCAGUUGUUGGAAGAUAAUUUGAUGCGGGAGCAGGACGAAAUUAUAAGCGGCGCCGCGCACCAGCAGGGGGACGAGGACGAGGGCAUUCGAGCGAAGAAGGUAAAAGCUCCAGGACAAGAGUUCAACGAGAUCUUUGCACAGACAGUGUCCUGUGAGCCGAAGACGCAGCUGGAUGUGGGACACGAAAACGAGCAAGAAGUUGUUGAGGAUCAUGCUAGUACAACAACCCCGAAAAAGUGCUCUCACGGCGCUUUCCCCCGGGCCGACGUGGAAGGCGACAUUCCCUGUCACGUCGACCAGAAAACCCAGGAAUUGGUACUCGACACGGACGGGGUGGAAAUAGUCGCUUACGCGGGACUGAUCAAGCCCAGGCAUGUCGUUGCCGUCAGUGUGUACAGAGGGAGUACUAAGACAGCCACUCCUUCUACUACAGAACAGCGGCCGCCUCGUAGUGGAAGUGGCAGAAGUGGUGAUGUACUACUACAACCGCGACCAACCCCCGAAAAUGAAGAUGACCAUCAUGAUCUCGCCCAGUACCACGGCGCGGAUAAGGACAAGGACAACCCCGCGAGUCCUCGGGGUCCUGUGGCAGAAGAUAUUCAUAGUCAGCCCCCACGUGAUGGUGCUCUCGGUCCUCGUCCUGUUGCGGCUGGCAGCGAUCAGAGCAGCAAAACGAAUGGAACAGAGGGCAACAUAUUAGGAACCUCUACUUCAUCUUUAACAACUUCAUCAUCAUCUACAACAGGAACAACCUCAGGGACAACACGAACAACGGCAAAUGAAGAUUUUUCAGAUACCAGUCCGCUAUUAAGGUCCUCUUUUUAUAGUCGUACGAUUUGCUACUUCAAGUACGAGCUGCUCGAGGUGCCUCCCGCCCACCCGGGGGUGAGUACGAGCAGCAAAAGGAAAAUCAACCGCAACAAGAACUACGGGGAGGACAGCAGCAGGAGAAGCACUUUCCCAGCACACGAGGAGGUGAGGAUCAACAUGACAUCUACGCAACUUUGGCACUAGCUCUCAAUUUUCCCGGUGAAGAAAAUGGUUAGCAUGAGCGUGAAAGGUCCAGCGCUUUCGUGUCGUCUUCUGGAAAGAACGACCAUCCAGACUGUAGCUGCAGUUGUUCUUUGAGGAAGAUUCUCUUCUUCGCGUUCUCCGUGAGAUCUUGGAUUUUUUUAUUUCUGGUACUACCACAACACUAUCGUGAGGAAGAAUUUUAAAUUUUUGCGUGGCUCGUUCCGUCUCCAGCUCCAGCCUCUGGUUCUUUCGUCCAUCGUGCAAAGAGUAGAAUCAAUCCCUUGUGAAGAGGAUGAGCCACGUUCUUCAAACUUCGUUUUCCUCGUAUAGUUUAUUUUCCUUCGAUGCUGCUAGUUUAUUUUCUUUUUAGUCUGGAG